UACGGCUUCAUUUCUACCCGGCUGUUCUUAAAGCUUUAAUUGCUCCACAUUCCUUUCCUCGCAACAAAUCCAUUGAGAUUGCUGGUCAAGAUAUCAUUCUUCUACUUGAACCACUCUAGUAGCCCAUAAGUAUUUCUACAGACAACGCCAGGUUCCCUCUGAAAAUGGCUACCGACGUUGCGCUUGACACCACAAUGGGCACCAUAACACUGGAGCUCUACACCAACGACGCGCCAAAGACGUGCCAAAACUUUAUCGGGCUUGCAUCGCGCGGAUAUUAUGACAAUGUAAUCUUCCAUCGUAUCAUUCCCAAUUUUAUGAUCCAGGGAGGCGACCCCACCGGGACUGGCCGAGGAGGGAACUCCCUCUGGGGAGCGAAAUUUGAGGAUGAAAUCAAGCCGACCUUGCGACACACUGGGGCUGGUAUACUGAGCAUGGCAAAUGCGGGACCAAACACCAAUGGCAGCCAAUUUUUCAUCACGCUUGCGCCUACGCCUUGGUUGGACGGAAAGCAUACAAUCUUUGGAAGAGUCAAGAGCGGAAUGCGCGUCGUCCAGAGGAUGGGCCUUGUCAGAACCGGUUUGGAAGAUCGACCGGUUGAAGAAGUAAAAAUCACCAAAGCACGGAUUGUCAAAGAAGGUGCGGCAGAAGAAUAAUCCAAGCAGAGAAGCUAUGCGAAUCACUUGAAGGGAUCGUCUGCAAAAGACAGCAAGAAUGCCAGCAUCUAUUAGGUCUGGACCUACGGUGAUACAUUACCUGUCUUGGAUGUAGUUAACGGGUACAUCCAAGCUUUAAGAUGGUGUGAAGCGGGAUCUCCACCACACCAUGCUCGGGAAAUCAAGCCUGGGUUCGUGUUGAUAUGAGCGUUGUAGAAGCUGCCCCGUCCUAGACAUAACGCAAGACUGGAA